AUGGCAUUGCCUUUAUUCGAGAACUUCGUACAGGAUCUUUUGUCAACUGUGAACAAACCAGAGUGGCCUGCCUCGGAACUAAUGCUCUCACUUCUAGGCCAACUGCUUGUUAACAACUUUAGCAAUAAAAACCUGGAUAUGUCUAUGCGAACGUCUUCACUAGAGUACCUUGGUGUCGUUGCAGCCCGACUUCGCAAAGAUGCCGUGCAAACCAAAAUUCGACAAGAAGUAAUAGAUGAUAUUCUCAGACAGAUUUGUGACGACAAUAACGAUGAUGAUGAUAUGAUUGUUCAAAGCAAAUCUAAAAAGAAGAAAAAGAACAACGCAGCUAAACUUAAGGAGGAACGCGAUGAGGUGACGAUCCUUCAACAAGCUCUGCUUCACUACCUCGAUGGAAACAUUGAGUCAGAUCAUUCGCUCGAGUUCUCGAAGCGCUUCUAUCUCGCACAGUGGUACAAAGACGCUGUGGCGAAUGCCAAAGUAGACGCUGCACAAAAGUCUGAAGCCAAGGCAGGAAGCGGAGAUGAAGACACAAGGAUCAAGAAGGAAGAAAAGAGAGCCAAAUCUGCGUCUGAGAAAGAAUCUCCAAAGAAAAAGGAGAUCAAGAGUGAACCAGAGGACGAAGAUGAAGCUCAGAAGGACGACAAGGAUCAGAUGAAGGUGCAGAAGUUAGCCGAAAAACGCAAGAAAUUCGUGUGCGAAACCAUCCAGCAAGACUACGCUGAUUUUGGCACGAUAGAGAUUAUGCGAACAACGCUUGACUAUGAUACAGCUGAGCUAAUCUCACGUUUCCUUGCUUCACGAAGACCCUUUUCACGAAGCUUCGACAUAUACCUUUCACAGAUCCUCAAGGUUUUAGGAGAGAAUACGACUGCCGUGCGUACAAAGGCAAUGAAAUGUCUUACCCAAGUGGUCGAGGCUGAUCCUGACAUAUUAAGACGACCCAACGUCAAGUUUGCGGUUCAUUCGCGUUUACUUGACUCAGCGACGUCAGUACGUGAAGCCGCAGUUGAUCUCCUCGGUAAAUUUCUUCUACAAUCACCGGAGCUCAUUGAUGUUUAUUAUGACAUGCUGACUCAACGGAUACUCGACACAGGUGUAUCUGUACGUAAGAGAGUUAUUAAGAUCCUCAAGGAUAUCUGCGUGGAGCAACCCGACUUCGAGAAGGUGCCGGAGAUCUGUGUCCGUAUAAUUCGUCGAGUCAAUGAUGAGGAAGCCGUUAAAAAGCUCGUUGGUGAGGUUUUUCAAUCGAUGUGGUUUGUGCCUUGUAAAGAGCGCGAAACAGAACGAAUCGAACAAAAAGUCAAAAAUAUAUGUCAUGUUGUGGCAGCCUGUCGUGACACAGGACUCGAGUGGUUUGAGCAGUUGCUCUCAAAUCUCCUGCGAUCUAAAGAGCAUGAGCCAGCAUUGCCUCAAACAAAAAUGGCCUGUCGCCAAAUAGUCGACUGCCUUGUUGACAAUGUACUGGAGCUAGAAGGCGAUCAACAGCAAAAUGCACGGCCGCAUCUUAUUGCUUGUUUGACAACACUCAACAUGUUCACCAAGAUCGAACCUGCUAUGACCACGAAGCAUUAUCAGGUGUUUCAACCGUACCUGUCGGUAACUUGUACGACGGUGGCAGAGCAAAUGAUCAUCAAGUGUGUCGUGAGCUGUCUAGAGCUGGUGGUGCCUCUCGUAGACCAUCCCUCCGAAGAUUUCCUUGUACAAGUCGAAGAAGGAUUAACUAAGCUCAUCUUACGUGGACAUUCGGCCGUAUUGCCGUCUGCAACCAGCUGUCUUGGAAAGAUAGUCAAUCUCGUUACCAAAAAUCACAAACUGGUUCGCGAUUGCUUUAAGAAAAUUGUCAAAACACUAGAAAUAUGCAAGAAUGAGCCUGAUAAAGCACAUAAACCCAUUUUGAUGCGCAACCUAUUUACGGCCGGACUAAUCUGCAAGCACUUCGACUUCGAACAUCUUCAAGAUCCCGCUACACCUGAAGUGAGCGAGAAAGCUGCUGUGUUUGACUGCUUUAUCCACUUCAACAGUCAUGCUGAUGAGGCUAUUCGGUUAAAAGCACUGCAAGGCCUUGGCUCUAUGUUAAAUCGUCAUUACGAUCUCAUGUUGGGUGAUGACGUGAAAAAUCUAUACAACUAUAUCCUCACAAAUCCUGAGGUAACGGCCACGUUUAAGGUAUCUGUGUUGACUAACAUUAAAACGUACCUGCAUGAAGAGGAGCAAAAAAUGAUAGAAAGAGACCGCGAAUGGGCUAAACAAACGAAAAAGGAAAAUUUAAAAGAGAUGGGUGAUGUGGCAUCGGGCAUGGCUUCCACCGUCAUUCAGCUUUACCUCAAGCCAAUCCUUGCAUCGGUCAUCUCAAAUCAUCUACAGGUUCGUAAGCAAGCGCUUUAUGUCAUACAACUAGUACUUGGCCAAGGCUUGGUACACCCCGUUCAAAUGGUGCCGUACUUAUCGUGUCUCGGCAGCGAUGAUGACCCUCAUACGCGAACUACAGCAGAACGACUCUUGCAGGAGCUUGAGAAAAAGUAUCCCGGCUUCGUUCAGAUGAAAGCGGGUGCAGGAGUUCGACUAAGUUACAAACUCCAGACAGUUCUGAAAGAAGAUCGUCUGCAAAAAGAGGAACGCCUUAUUCGAGGCGUGCGCAUUCAGGCGGACGGACAACCAAUUGCCCGCAAUGGUUUCUUGUACACAGUGUUACGAUCGACAAGACAAACGAGAAGAGCUUUCUUGCUCUCACUGCUUAAGCAGUUUGAUGAUUCCAAUCGGACGCCUCUCAUGGAGUUACUGUACAUCGCGGACAACGUUGUCUAUUUUCCAUACCUCGUGCAGGAUGAACCUUUGUUUGUAAUGCAUCAUAUUGAUAUUCAUCUCUCCGUUAGUGGCACUGGUCUUCUGCAUAAUUUCCGUGAACAGCUUUCACGUCGAGGAGGUCAAGAACAACAACGCAAUGACCAACGACGACUGGGCAAUGAGAGCGACUCGGAUGAUGACGAUGAUUUGGAAUCGCUUAUUGAAAGACUUCCACAGGACACACGAGUAGCUCAGGAGUGUAUGAUCAGCUCACACGCUUGUGUCUUGUUGUUGCUAUGCAAACAGGCUCUCAAAGAAAUAUAUGGAUUGACCGAUGCCAGGAUCGCGCAAUAUUCUCCUAAUGAACAAGCAAAAGUGUAUGAGAAACAAGUGAGUCGGAAAGUAGGCGUUCAUUUUUCUCCCUCACUUACCCUUGAGAAACUUAAAGAGCCCGGUGGAUCGUUGGACGUUAAGCAGCAUUUAGACGAGGACGGAAAACGCGCUCUUGUUGAACAGUACAUUCAUUUUCGCCAACUAAUGCUCAGCAUCGAUCCUAAUGAUGAUGAUCAGGAUGAACAGCCUCAGGGGCCACUUGUGACUCGCGUUGAGGAGUCAAGCAAUGGUAUCGUUCUUAAGAUCUCAAAGGCGCCGCCACCGCCUGAAAAGCCGGCUCCACCGUCAGCUACGACGGUUAUACUGCCGCCCGGCCAUGAGGUUACGCCGUCCCCUGAAAAGAAACGUCGCGGACCAAUUCCCAAAUUGAAACUCAGCGCUGCUAAGGAGCCAAAAACUCCUGGUCGUCGGGGCCGAAAGCCUGGCAGUGGGCGUGGACCAGGAAGGCCGCGGAAGAAGCGAGUCGAGUCGUCGGAGGAAGAAAGCGAGAACAAUAUGGACGAUUCUGACUACGAAUAGAAGCUUAUAGAGUAGCAGUCAAGCACAGCGCGACUUCUCUGCUAUUUGUGUUUGUUUUUGUGCUGCAGAAGAUGCGCAUAGGGUUAUCAAGGUCGUCGAGAGGUCGAAAAGUGUAUACAAGAUAGCUCUUAUAAUUAUAUUGGUAUGAUGAUGAUGAUAAUGUUAAGGCCAGCCAAGACGGAAAAGGUAGGUGACGGGAAUAGGCGUGGCAGGUAUGUGUGUAAUGUGUACCACAAAAUAACAAAUAUCCGAUAUAUGAUGGUCACAAGUUGCAAUGUGGAAGUUUAUGCCAGGGCGACCUUUCUUAUCGAGAAUAAUUCUCACUGACACGGUGAAGAUGGCCUAAAAAUGGUCGCAGAGAAGGAUGCUGAAUCAUAAAAUGACUGCGUGUAUGUAAUAGGUAGCCCUAGUUGGUACUUGUGAACCUCCUAAUUGACGAUGCGAUGCAUAUAAAGGUACACAAAACGGUGACCAGGUCUGAGGCGUAGUAAAUCCUCAUUGGCUGCGGUUUCUGCAUUCGUAAGACGCAGGUAAAAUGUACUAAAUAACGACGAUGGUGUUUAAGCUAUGAGACCAUGACGUUCAGUGGUCUUCAAUGAUUUAGUAUAAUUGAGUGAUUCAGGAUGCGAAAAGUGUAGUAGAGUAAGAAGUUCUGGGAUUAUUAGACGUUGCCUUACACAACUAUAACCAGAAUAUAUAAUUUCGAUUCUUAAGUGACCGUUUGGGAAGGGGAAACGGAUAUCUACACGAGAGUGCUGAAGCAUACAAUGAAUUGAGAAAAUACGUUAGGCAGGUAAGCGACCGAACAAGAAAGAAAUAUGGUUGGUGGAUGCAUAGCGCUGUUGCAUCAGCGAAUGACUGUAAAAGUGACUAUGGAUUAAUUACUUAGUGAAUGAAUUAUAUAGAUUUAUUAUUAUUAUUUACAAUGGAGUGGAGCUAGUAAAAGCGAGUAUGAACGAAUGUGUAAAUAGAUUGUACGAUAGGAUGUACACAGCAAAAAAUGGGAAGGCUAAUGAUAAUUAUAGGCUCUUCCGCGUUGGGGUCAAUUGAUAAGCGCUAAUAAAGGAAUUAAUGCUGUACACACAUAUAGAUUCAAUCACACAAACUACAGACAUUAACACCUAAAAUUGACAAAACAGCUUAAUAGGGAAAGAGGGGACAAAGCGGUCCGAUCGAUUAUGUUACCCUAAUGACGACGUUAACAUUAGAAUGAAAACAACAGGGGAGAGGGAAAAAGAAGAAGACGUCAGAGCGCCGCUGACGAUGACAACGCUUGCCACCCGCCCUGUACAUAGUGUAUAUAUUAUAUUAUCAAACCUAAAUGGGAAAUUCAAUUUAAGGCGAAGAAAGUAAGGCAGAGUGGCAGCAAAUAGAAGAAGACUCUUGUUGGACGUACUCUUGUUCAGCUGUUCGAACAACAAGUGAACCGAAGUGGAUUAAAGUGACUAUGGACAAAACAAUUGCGGAUUAAAAAAUGAGUAAACAAAUGACGGCAGUGGAGAGUGGCACAUUUGGCUCACGUUUGCGGUGAAGGAUCCUUGUCUAAAAAUUGGUUGGUUAUUACUCCUUUGGUUAGAUAUCAGCAACGAAGAUGGUAUAAGUUGAAUCAGCUUUUCACAAAUAAACGUAGACGGCAGAAACAACAUCAAAUCAUACGCAACUGCCAAUAGUAAGAAAAGGAUCAGGCAAAUCAAGAAACCGUUAGAUAACGAGUAGCUAGGGCGUAAUCAUGGUUAAAAAUUCUCUUUGGGUUAUUAAAAUGCAUGGUUUGAAAAUAUUAUAUUACUGCAAAGCUCAUAAGUUUUAAAAGUAUAAAAGAUGGAACUCUAGAAAAUCAUUAGUUCAUAAAAUUUUACUAAAGAAAAGUACGACGUGACAAGCUUAACAGCGCUCAUUCAGUUUUAUAUUGAAUAGAUGCACCCUGUUUGAAAAAAGUCUAGUCCAUCCUAUCCAAACAUUUUAAGUCAAUUAAAAUGAUUACAACCCAAAAAGUAUUUUUUACAGGCAGGUUUUACAUUUGAACAUGACACAUCGUAACAGAAAAGGGCCUAACUAGUUAUGGCUCGAUUAGUUUAGUUCGCCGUAUUGAAGAUCAUUGUGUGAAACACGAGUAAAUGAGUUUAAAUUGAUUCCACCUUUACGAUAAGUUAAAAAGCUGAAGUCAGCAACAGUCGGUACUGGCAUAUAAAUCUCGAUUUGUGUGACCUAUUUAUAAUUUUUCUAUAGGCUAAAAAAAACAGUCCGCUGCUGCUUAUAUUUUUUUGUGUUCUACAAAGCGAGAACUUGAACCCAUAACCACUUGCAGCGAAAACAAUUCGUUAAAUAAAUAGCGCCGUCAGGCAUUGUGUACCGUAAGUCGCUCCAAGUAAUGUAUUGAAAGCUUUACUGUUAUUAAAGAGCCAGAAAGAUGAUUCGGAAAUAUAUAUACAUAAUUACGUUGCAGACUCUGUGGUUAUGUUGGGCGCAGAGUGCUAUCGUUUAUGCCGACUGCUGCCAUUCUAACCAAGUUCGCAGAGGUUAGAGUUACAACAGCAUUGCAGGAGUAAGAAGGAAGAAUAUUGACGGAAACAGAUGGAGUAAGGACUGAUAAAAGAAAAAAAGUUUAAUGUUCUAUUCUGCUUGCGUGUCUAGUAUUUGAAAUUAUCAAACCAAAUCUGCCGCUAUCUUCACGGCCGCCACCUACUAAUAUGAUUAUGUGUAUCAUAGUUAGUGUAAAAGAGUUUCGCUAAGUUAUUUCUAGAGAUAAAUACAAAAAUACUGAUAUAAUAAUAACAACAAUAAAUAGAACGAAAAUAAAAAGAGAAAAUGUAUUA